GAGGCGGGAGGAGCGGGCGCCCCGGGACCCCGCGGCGAUGCUGCCGCCCGCGUAGCGCGCCCGAGCCCGCGCGGAGGAAGGCUGAACAAAGCUCGGACUGAAUUGUGCCUCCCGGACGCGGACCGCUUCCACCUGAUGUCAUCACGCAGAAGGGGGUGAGAAGGGACUCGUGACAGAUUCAGAAAUGAAUGCACGCGUCAACGCCAAAGGCCUGCAAGCUCCGUGAUUCCCCUUGGUGACCUGGGAAGGACAAGGUGGUGACCACUGAAAACCAGCUCCUCCUCCUCCUUCCUGUGGGCCCCACCCUUCCUACUCACGGACCACCAUGGAGACCCUCUCCCAGGAUUCUUUGCUGGAAUGUCAGAUCUGUUUCAAUUACUACAGUCCUCGGCGCAGGCCCAAGUUGCUGGAUUGCAAACACACCUGCUGCUCCGUGUGCCUCCAGCAGAUGAGGACCAGCCAGAAGGACGUGAGAUGUCCCUGGUGCCGGGGCAUCACCAAGCUGCCCCCGGGCUUCUCAGUGUCACAGCUCCCCGAUGACCCCGAGGUCCUGGCUGUCAUCGCCAUCCCACACACUUCCGAGCACACCCCAGUCUUCAUCAAACUUCCGAGCAAUGGGUGCUACAUGCUGCCUCUGCCCAUCUCCAAGGAGCGCACUCUACUGCCGGGCGACAUGGGCUGCCGUCUGCUGCCUGGGAACCAGCAGAAGUCUGUCACAGUGGUGACCAUCCCAGCUGAACAGCAGCCUCUGCAAGGUGGUCCCCCACAGGAGGUGGUGGAGGAGGAGCCAGACAGGCGGGGGGCUGUGAAAAGCUCCACCUGGUCCGGCGUGUGCACUGUGAUCCUGGUGGCCUGUGUCUUGGUCUUCCUGCUGGGCAUUGUACUGCACAACAUGUCUUGUAUCUCCAAGCGCUUCACUGUGAUCUCCUGCGGCUGAACCCCAGGGCAGGGAAGGCUCUUGUGGGUGCCAACGUAGAGGUGGAGCAGGUGUUGGUGAUGGGGAUCCCAGUGAGAUGGGGGAGGGGGUGACACUACUGACCGUUUGGUGCCAAGCGCUGGCCUCUGGGUUGCUACUUGAUCCACCCGAAGGACAGACACAGAGGGUGGAAGGCGAGGUCUGAGCGAGGUGGCAGGCGAAUUGCUGUGCGUGGAUGGAGACGGCUUUGAAGAUGAUUGCAUGCUUCCUCAUAAUCAUGUAUGAAAUGGGCCUGUAAUUUAUGAUUUCUCAAGAUCACAUUAUGAGAUAGACAUAUUCUACUUAGACAUUAAACUAUACGCGUGCAUACAACAAUCUCUAAAUACAGUAGGUUAAAACGAAGAUGCUGUGUAUAUGAGUAGAAUUAAACCUCGAGUCCACAUAGAAAUUCAGUAAAGACAUCCAGUGCUGGCUUCUUGGCCUUUUUCUUUCUUUCUUUUUUCUUCUAUUUUAUUUUCAUGAAACUCAGUGUUCUUUUUGUUGCUAAGGCAUUUUAUACAUUUUGAAGGACACCCAAAUCAAAAUAAGUAAAAUGGAUUGUGGUGAUUUGAAGAAAACAUUUGAACAAGUGUCUUGUCAUGUACCUUGAUUUCUCUUGCGAUUAGAAUUUGCUACUUGUUUAUUCAUCUGAAAGCAAACAAGGGAGCAAUAAAGAAGAAAUAAUGAGAAAUGUCUAAUUCCACAAGAAACUUGUAUGCCGAUUUUCCUCAAGCCAUCUCACAAUUUAAAAUGUAAAUAUUUGUGUAUUUGUGUGUGUGUAGCGUGUGUGUAAUUUGAUUUACCUCAGGCUUUUGAGUCUUUUCAGAAGAACCCUGUGAGUCAGACCUCACAGGCACAAAUAAGUUAAGCAUCUGCAACAUUGGCCACCCUGUGGACACCUGGAUCUCUGUGUCCCUCCCCCGCCCCCCAUGAGGGGCCUUGUUUGUCACCUCCAACACUCACCUUUGUUGUAUGUUUUUAUGUACUGUAUUUCUAAGGCAUAAAUGGAGACUGUCAGAAGAGCUUGUCUUUUCUUCCAGUUUUGGGCUUUGUGAAGACUAUGAAUGGACGAGCAUCUGAAUUAGACAGAUUGCUUUUUGAAAGAUGUUUUCCUGUGAAAGUCAAACCUUUUAGAACUCCAAUGUUCUCUUGAGAUAUAACCAAGAAAACCUUUUGUAUUUCAAAAUGUGGUGUUUUUUUUUUAAUAGAGAAGAGUGGCAAGGUAAACAGCUCACGUUCCCAUCAAUGAGUCAGUUCCUUACGAAUUGAAAAUGUAACUACUGAAAAUGUAUAGUGGUCUAUGGGUGCUCAUGAAGAAAGAUCUGUUAAAGGAUAAAUUCCUGUGAGGGGGCAUUCAGGUGGGAGCUUUAUACUUCUUUUCUAGUCCCCUUCAUUGAUUUCAGGAAGCAAGCCUUCCACUUAAAUAUGAUUUUAAGUUCUGUUGAAUCCCAGAAAAUUGCAGGAACGUUUGGGGAGAAAGAAGAGAAAAAUAAGAAGUGACAGAUUUCAGAAAGUAAAGCUAGACAAUAUCCCUUUAAGAUUGAGACAAUUUAAUUUACCUAUUAUAUGCUAGCUGUUACCUUCAAGCAACAUAAAAGUAUAUGCAUACUAAACAGAUGGAAUUAAUGUGAAUAAAUUGAAAAACUAAUAACUAGAAUACAAAGCUCACACUUAAUUGGCAUGAAAAUUCAAUGUAAAAUUAUGAACUCUGAUUUCUCAAAUCUUUCAAAUUUGUCAUAAAACCUUUAGAAAAUGUAUUUGAAAGCUCAAACUAGAAAUUAGGUUACAGUGCCAUUUUAUUGUGUAAGCUAUUGGGCAUUAUACAACAAAUAAACUAGGAUUUAUUUGGUAUUAAUAAUUUAGGUAUACUAUUAGCCGCAUACUAUCCUGUAUUAUGUAACACAAUAUGCUGUUGGGUUAGUGUCAGUUUCUCAAACUCCCAGGAUGCUGUAAUGCAUGUCUGACCUAAUUUCUAUUUUUCUCGGAGGGAAAAAAAAUACAUAGAAAUGUUGCAUUGAAAAUGCGACGUUUCAAAUAGAUUUUAUCCUUACAGUUCUAAGCCAUGGAAUAUUUAAAUUAAUUUGAUGAGUGGAAUCUGCAUACAUUCAUGUACAGUGUGAAAUGACCAAGCCUCUAGCAUAGUCUGUGAUAGAGUUGUGCUUGUUCAGUAGGCUAUGUAGCCCCCACGGACACUAAUGUGUGUGGUGAUGCGGUGUCCUGUGUUUCUUAGUCCAAAGCUGUAGAGUAAAAAAACAAAUGUCCAUAGAACUGUUCACUUAAAACCAGCCAUGUGCUGGAGCUACAGUGACCAGUGCAAAAUUAAUUGGCUCUCUGGUAGAUUCUGGACCUUAAAAUGAAUAGUACCUACCCAAAUCAGAAUGUGUGUGUGUGUGUGUGUGUGUGUGUGUGUGUGUGUGUGUGUGUGUGUAUUCAAGAAAAAUUAUUUACAUUGUUAAAUGAACUGUACCAGCAACUUGCAUUCCCGCUCAUUAGAGUGUGUGUGUGUGUGAAAGACCUACAAACCUUCCAGAUAGAAUUUUUAUGUGUUAAACAAUGUUUUAAUGUUACCUGGUAUUCAUUGCCCUGGCCUCUUUGGAAUUUCCUUGCAAUGCUAACAACCUAUAUACUCCAUACAAUACGGCUGCCAGAAUUUGUACUUGCCUAUCCGUGAAAGGCCACAAGUGGAAAGCAGAGAAAGUUAGAGCUGAAAGCAACCUCUGGUGGCAGACAUCAGUUUGGAAGUGAGUCCAUGGGGCUGCAAAGGAGAGUGACAACUUGUAAUUCUGCAGCAAAAGAAUGCUAAAGGCCAGGCAUUGCGAUGCCCUCUUGCUCAUUCCUGGAUCUGUCACCAUCCCUGCCUGAUAAGUGAUUCUUUUCAGGGUUGAUGAAUAUCCUUUUUCAUUCAACUAUUGCUCUCCUGUUUGUUUUUGUAGGUUUAUUUUCAUUUUGGUUAGGAACUUCUCUGGGAAACAAAAGGAGGGUUGAUUUAAGGAUGAGCAUAGAUGAUUGAAGAAACUUUUCAAACCAUGUGAUUUGAAGUUCUAAAAAUUGCUAAACAUUGGUUGGGUCCUCCUUCCUAUGUGUAAAGGACAAUGAAUGUUGUAUAAAUAGUAACCCAUAAGAAGCAUGAAUUUUCAUCUUUAUUAGUGAUCUUGACAAACAAGUGAAUGCUUAAAUACGUUAAGUAGAGCCAAGUAUGCCACCAAAAAAAAAAAAAAAAAAGCAUUGUCUUUGGAAAAUAUCUGUAUAGUUAUCUGUGGUAAAAGUUACGAUGAAAAGAGGCAAAUUGAUUCUGAGUUCUAUUCACCUUUUAUUAUCAGAAAGCUCAAGGUAUUCUCUUUACAAAUAAAUUUAAUCUUAUGCAUGACUUACAGAGCGGGCCCACUGGAGGGUCAACUGUGUGCUAGUUACAGCCCAUGGGAUUUUCUAGAUCAAUGAGAUUUUUCUAGAUCAAUAUAAUUUUCUAGAUCAGUAUGAUUUCUAGAUUGAUGCUAUUUGAUAGAAACUUGAGAGAUGAUGAAAAUGUUAAAAGUCGAAUUGUCCCAUGUGGCUAGUGACUACCAUAGUGACCAGAGGCAUCCAAAUGUUCCUAAAAUAGUGAAGUAGAGAGAUUGUUUAUGGGCUAGUAACACAGAGUUGGCAAAAAGAAAGCUCUUCCAUUCUGGGCUUAAAAAGUGCGUCAUCUUCAGUAUGACAGUAAAAAUGCAUCUGCUGCCUUUGGAGUGGACCAAGGACGAGCAAUAAAGCUUAAAGUGGGCUUUAUUAAGUCCCUUUUCUGGAACCAUAAGCUGCAUGUGAAUUUAUUGACCAAAAAUAGUUAGAUUGUAGCUGUAAAAUGUUUUAACUUGCAAGCUGUGCAUGACCUGUGUUGUGAAAUUGUGUUUAGGGUCUUGUGUCCAAAAAAGUGUUUCAGAAAAAAAAAAAGCCUAUGAGUCCCCCUUCACUCCCAAUGUCUUUCCUGAACUCCAUUGCCACAUUAGUAAGGUGUGAAAUCUAAGAGCAAGCAUGUUUUGCAGAGUUCAGAGUGUUUUUGUAUUCUUGGGAAGUCUGACAGCUUGUCAUUAUAUUUGAUGUAGGAAUCUGUGAAUGUCAGUUUUCAGAUGCCAGACUAAAGUGUGGAUGCUAUUUUUAGAAUGGGAUUUGACAUUUUUUAUUUUAGUUUUCACUAGUUUGCACCAAAGCACUUUUUAAGAUUAUCAUUAAGCAGUUGUACAAAGGGGUUACAAUUCCAUAAACAAAAGCACCUUUUACAUUUUGUUUUCUACAAUUGGAUGCAUUGACAAAUGGAAUUGAAAGACUGGAAGAGUAUUGAAGUUACUUGAAUAGUUUUUUUUUUAAUUGAGUAAAGGAAAGCAGGAAAUUCAGUUUGAGAUGAAUUUCCACAUAAAACUCAGACUCUUCCGGAUAAGCUGAUAUUUAUUCCAGUCUAGAUAAUUAUCUGAAGAGUUCCCAUUCUUGUAUUUAAAACUUUGUGUCUCAGAAUUGGUUAAUUCGCUUUUGGUUAUUUUCCAUGUGUAAUGUAAACCAAAGGCAUUUGCUUUAAUCUAGCAGACUUAGUUGUUUUUUGUUUUGUGUGUGUGUGUGUGUGUGUGUGUGUUUAAUUCUAGAACUUGUGAGUGAACGCAACUGCUCCUCUAGAUUUUUUGUCAAAGUGGCUGUUUUUCAUUAGACUUAAGAAAAUUUGAAAGCUCAAGGUUAUUAGUGGACAGGAGUGAUGUGCAAAACACUGUAUUAUGUAUCUUCCCUUGGAAAAAUGAGGCUACCGGCCAGGCAGCAUUUUGUUUAAAGGAUCAAUCGGGCCAUUUGUCAUCCUUGACCUAGAUGAAGAAUCUGUUCCUUGACAAUUCCAUCUUUCCCAGCAAAAUGUCACCCACAAGGUAAUUCUUACCCAAACAGUUUCUACACCAUACCAGAGCCAAGGAAAUUUCAUGACAGUUUUGAAGCUAAAAGUAAAAUUUCAAAUCAACAGUGAUCAGUUGCUGAAUUUUGUGAAACCGGAAACAUUCUUGAAACCUAAGUAGAGAACUAGGGGCAUGGCUCAAGUGGUAGAGGAUUUGCAAAAUAAGCACAAAGAAGGCUCCAAAUUUCAACUCCAGUGCCAAGAAAGUGGAUAAUCAAGCAUUAAUUUUUUCCCUGACCUACUGUGCAUGCACACAUAUAUACACAAUUUAGCUGGGAAAGGAGUGAGCUAGAUGGUAAGAACCAUCCUACUUUCUAACUUGCAGGGAUUACACAAUGUUGAAUAUAGAGGUUGAAUUCCUAUCUGUUGCUAUGAGCUCCAUACAUAAUGUUAGACUUUGGUAGUAAACUUUGUAGGUAAGCUUUUUAGAUUUUGCCAGUGGGUGAAGAGGUGGGUUCUGCUGUGUUCAUUUAGAAAGCAUCUGUCACCAAGGCACAUGAGCAGAUGAGGCAUUCAGUUUCUUACUGCUCAAGGGAUCAGGGUAGUAUGCCAUGAUUCUCCAGCUCUUCCAGUGUGGCUCCCAUUUUUCUGCACAAAUUUCUUUGUUCUCUGUAGCCAGUAGUCUUUGAUUCACUGCCUGGGGAAAUCCCACUGUGUCUCUCUCACUCACGAUGUAGUGGUGCUUGAAAACAUUCAUCUUACUAGCUGGAUUUUACUCUAGCUUAAGGUUUUUGAUACUAAUCUUAUGAUACUUCUAGGGACAAUCAGUAAUUAGUACAAAAUACUGAGGGGCCUCCUCAGAUUCCUGACAGCAUGCUAUUUUGUGUUUUGUUUUGCAGGGAUGUUCAUUUUUAUCUUAUUUCUAACCAUACAGAAUGCUGCUCUAGUUUGCAAGGCUAGUAAUCCAUGGCACAGUCUCCUGUCAUCUCCCUGAGGUGUGAGUUAUUUUGGGGUUAUCCUACAAAGAGUUUUCCAAAGGAAUGAUUAAUAAAAAUGUCUGUAAGCACUUGUAUAGUGGGGGUUCAGUUCCACAAAUCAGUUUAUAAGUACAAUGCAUCUCUUUUUAAUGUUAUGUUUUACUUCAGUAGUUGUACAAAGAGGUUGCAAUUCCAUAAGUCAGGUUAUGAGUACAACGCUUCUUGAUAGCUGUCACCCCUUUCACUGUUUGCCAUCUUUCCCAACCCCACCCAUGCCCUUCAGUUAUAAGGUUUCAUGUUCAUGUGUGUUCAUUGAAUAUAAGGGUAAUGUGCUCACCCACCCUUCUCUAGUUCCCCUGUUCUCCACCAUGCCCCAAUAAAACAUGUUUCAGCUUUCCGAUGUCCAUUUUGCUAAACUGUUAGUUGUUUAGAAGUUACACCACUAGAGGAAUCGUCAAUUUUUAAUUUGACAUUUGCCUUUUGGGAAUCCAGAAGUAGGUGAUUGGAUGUGAUGGUGGAGAGGAACUGUUGAUAUCUCUAAAUAGUACGCAAAGCAGUAAGUACUCAAUUGCUUUAUAUUGUUCUGGCUGGACUGGCUAAGAUUCCACUCAACUGUUAAGAGGACUUUGUAUGGGAAAAGUAGAGAAAAGGCCAUGGAUGUCUGGACAGACAGGUAGACAAACCCAGAGAAGAAUAAAAUACUUAGAGAAAGAAAGUCUGUGAUAAGGAUUGUAGCUGGGAAACAAAACAGGUACAAAAGGACAUUGUGGACAGAAACCGGCUGAAGAAAGCAGCCGGGAGCAAGUGAGAGAGCUCAGUGCAGCGCGAUCUGCGCUCUGGCCGGGAUGACACAUGCCGACGAGGACGACUCUACAGAGUGCACUCAGUUGAUGCGAAGAAUCCCACAGAGGCCCCUGUUUCCUGUCAUCUUCUAAACUCUUGACCAUUCAAGAGUAUGCUAGACAAUUCCAGAACCUUCUGUAGAGAUGGUGGCUGAGUCAGUACAAAGGCCCGCGGUCCCCUUCGCGGUGGAAUGCAGUGCUUCGCUCCAUGGGUCUGUCUAGGCUUGAAUUCCCUACCAUUGAUCAUAGUUUCUAUUUAUCUAUCCCACCACAUGUUCAUGUUCGCCUCACUGGACGGUUGCCAUCGUGUGGAAGCUGGUUCCCGGUGGCUGCCACAGACUCACAACAGAAGCCGUGUAGCUGCCACCGGGGUCCCUUCCCCUCUUAGGUUCCACCAGUGUGUUCCCACGCCCUGGCUAACAAACUCUGGUCAAAUAGCAAGAUGCUGCUCAGAGGCCAUUGACUCCAGUCCUUGACAUGUUUCAUUUACAGUUAUGUGGAUUAUUUAUUUUUAGGAGCUUUUAAAGGGCCAAAUUGCCCUACAGAUAAAUGAACUGCCGGUCCAUGUAGAAAAAAAAAUACUGUCCAAAUGUUGCCAAAUAUUGACUUUGUAAAGGGGAUAUUAAGCUGCUGUUUAUUAAUCUGAAUGUCUUAAAAGCAUUCUUGCUUGCUCUCUGUUAUAGAUGGUGUCUUAGCUAGUCCUGAGUUUUUCCAAUGAACUCAAUUUUAAUAUAUGGUAUUUUUGUAUGCCAACUGGUGUCUUGUCCUUUGUAUAUGUGGUAAUGUUAAUUUUAUGACUACUGUUAAAACACAUUUGCUAUGAUUAAAAUUCAAAAUGAUUUCAA